GGCAUCUUCGCCGUGUCCGUCGUCUGCGUCAUCUACCUCUUCGUGGGCAUCGCGAUCGUCUGCGACGAAUUGUUCGUUCCCUCGCUCGAGCAGAUCGCCGAGGACUGGGGCCUGAGCGACGACGUGUCCGGCGCGACGCUGAUGGCCGCCGGCGGCUCGGCGCCGGAGCUCGCGACGUCCUUCAUCGGCACGUUCCAGGGGUCGACGGUCGGCCUCGGGACCAUCGUCGGCUCCGCGGUCUUCAACGUGCUCUUCGUCAUCGGCAUGUGCGCCCUGGCGACGCCCAAGGAGCUGGGGCCUUUGAAGCUCACGUGGUGGCCCCUGGCCCGCGACUGCUGCUACUACAUCCUCACGCUCGGGACGCUCGCGUCGUUUUUCACGACGACGUCGACGGGCCUCAUCACGGGCGCCGAGGCGGGCAUCCAGUUCUCGUUGUACUUCGGCUACGUCUUCCUCAUGUCGCAGAACGCGAAGCUCGAGUCGUGGGUGAAGCGGAAGCUCGCGAAGGAGGAGCGCUACAAGGUGAGCCCGGGCGACGCGGCCGCGGAUCCGUCGGACGGCGAGGCCAAGGAGGAGCACACGACCUUCUCCGCGGGCUUCCUCGGGAACCUCACGCACGCGGACCUCAAGAUGAACGCGGGCAUCGCCGUCGUCGCGCGCAUCAAGGGCGACGUGAGAGCGACGUUCGACUCGUUGGACGCGGACCGCAACGGGAGCCUCGACGCGGGCGAGUUCCGCAAGAUCCUGGGCCUGCUGGGCGACGCGACGUCUUAUGAUGAGACAGAGCUCGAAGCGUUGCGCAAGGAAUUGGACAUCGACCACUCGAACACCAUCGACUUCAAGGAGUUCACGCUGUGGGAUUUGACGACCGCGUCGCCCGGCGACGCGCUCGCGACGGUCCUGCUCCUCCCUUUAAACGGGUCCCUGGCGCUGACGGUGCCGGACUGCCGCGUCAUCGGCAACGAGCACUACUGCUACCUCAGCUUCGUCUGCUCCAUCGCGUGGAUCGGCGCGUACAGCUUCGGCAUGGUCGAGUGCAUCGUGUCCAUCGGCUGCUUCACGGGCAUUCCGAUUUUCAUCAUGGGGCUGACCUUCCUCGCGGCGGGCACGUCCGUGCCCGACCUCCUCUCGAGCGUCGCCGUCGCGAAGCAGGGCAAGGGCGACAUGGCCGUGUCCUCCGACGUUGAAUCACCCUUUUGCUGCCCAGGCUCCAACAUCUUCGACGUCGCCGUCGGCCUCCCGCUCCCCUGGCUCGCGUUCACGCUCGUCCACGGCUGCCCGGUGCCCGUCGGCGGCCACGCGAACGGCAACGCGCUGAGCGUCGCCAUCCUCCUCGCCAUGGUCGCCGCGGUGAUCAUCUCCAUCGCCGCGUCCGGCUGGAAGAUGUCCAAGGGCCUCGGCUUCACCAUGUUCGGCCUCUACUUCCUCUUCAUC